GGAACCAUGGGUAAAAGGGGCAAAGUUGCGCAAAUGACUGCAAGAAGGAGGUGUGGGCUAAAAUAAGAAGUUUUAAGCUGAUUUACUCAAAAACUUGAGGAAAACGGUGAAAGCAUGUCUUCGUUCACGUGUAUAUCGUGCCGCGUGGCAUUUGCGUCAGCAGACCUCCAGCGCGCCCACUACAAGUCGGACUGGCACAGGUACAACCUGAAGAGGAAGGUGGCGGAACUCCCACCAGUCACGGCCGAAAACUUCCAGCAGAGGGUCAUGGCACAGAAAGCACAGGUAGAGGAGUCAGAGAGGGAGACCUGUUCUCAGUGUGGCAUCUGUAAGAAGUUCUUCAACACCCAGAAUGCCUUUGAAAACCACAUGAAGUCCAAAAAGCACAAGGAAGCUGAGGCUAAACAGGUGCAGAAGGUCCAAUCAGAAGUGGAGAAACAAAACCAGAAGAACAAAGAGAAGGGUCUGGACGUAGCCCAUGAGCGAGCUCAGAAGGACACCGUAAACCAGGCGCUGGCCGAGGCCAGGAAGUCUCCGGGUCCGGUCAAGAGGAGGGUGACCCACGGCCUUGACCCUGCCAAGGUAGAGGCCAUUAGGCAGCUCAGGGGCAGAGGUCACAGGUCAUCAUCAAGGUCAAAACCUGAGGAUGAAGAUGAAGGAGAAUGGGAAGAUGAAGAGGAGGAGGAGGUUAUAGGAGGAGAUGAGGAGGAGAUGGAGCUAGAAGAUUCCUCUGAAGAUGAAGUGGACUACCCUGGCACACCACUGACAGAGAGACAGUGUCUGUUCUGUUCCCGGGAGGGAGGGGACUUGGAUGACAACAUGCAGCACAUGACAGUGGAGCACAGCUUCUACAUACCUGAUGUGGAGUACUUAGUGGAUCUGGAGGGGCUCAUCAAGUAUCUGGGAGAGAAAGUGGGAGGUGCGUUUUUCUGCCUGUACUGUAAUGAGAAGGGCAGAACCUUCUACAGUCUGGAGGCUGCUCAGGGACACAUGAGGGACAAGGGACACACCAAGAUGCUGAUGGAAGGAGAUGCUAUGCUGGAGUACGCUGACUUCUACGACUUCAGGAAGAGUUACCCAGACUACCAGUCUGAGGGAGCAGCAGGGGGACAGGAGGAGGAGGAGGAACCAGUAGAGAAGGAGGAACUCAGAAUCACAGAUGACGACACACAGCUGGUACUACCCUCAGGAUCUAGAGUUGGUCACCGAGCCCUGCAGAGAUACUGGAGACAGAACCUGGUCCCUUCCAUGAGUCAUCGAACCUCAGGCAGGGAGGCAGUGGGCAGGCUCAUGGCACAGUACAAGGCACUGGGCUGGAAGGGAGACUGUGGAGAAGCAGCCCAGAAGAAGGUACGUGACAUGCAGUUUGUGCAGAAACUAAAGGCCAAACGACGAGUGCAGAUGGGCGUCAGAAACAACAAGUUCCAGCCACACUUCAGACCACAAGUUGUGUUCUGAGCUAACUACAUGCUACUGGACAGAUAUCUUCUCUAUAUAACACAUUGUGUUAUGUUGGGGGUGUUAUAUGUAAUCCCUUCAACAAGUUGAAUUUACAUG